AGAGAUUUUAUUUUGUGGCCCAUGAGAUAUGGCGUGAUGAACGUGCUGUUCUUGCGAAGUCGCGCUACUUUGCGGCGCGACGUGGUGAAGAAUGCCACAAGAUGUUGUUCAUCUCUUCCGAGGAGUCCGUUGAUGCUCUACAAGCGCAAAGUAUCUUCCGGUGUUUUAAAAGAAGACCAGUACCAGCUGAAGAUCGCGAGGAUGUUGGACGAGUUGCUGCAGCGAGUUGAACGCUACACUCCGUCCGCAGUGCAGCCACCAGAAAAGAGUUUCGAUGGCUGGAACGUGAUGAAUCUGUUUGGUCGACGGGAUCCAAAGAAACAGUCAUCGAAGACUGUGAAAGUGCCUAAAAAGUAUCCGAAAGGAAUUUACAUUUACGGAUCCGUGGGUGUUGGGAAAAGCAUGCUGAUGGAUAUGUUUCACGACUGUGUUUCAACGCCGCACAAGAGUAGGAUUCACUUCCACGAAUUCAUGGUGGACGUGCAUAGCCGCAUCCACAGGUGGAAGAUGUCGCAGAAAGAAGGUUUUCGUGGAACGUCUUAUGACCCGAUACCGCCAAUUGCAGACCAGCUAGCUUCAGAAGCCUGGCUUCUUUGUUUUGAUGAGUUUCAGGUGACAGAUAUUGGCGAUGCGAUGAUCUUGAAACGUCUCUUCACGGAGUUAUUUGCACGCGGGUCUGUUGUAGUCGCUACUUCGAACCGUCCCCCGGACGAUUUGUAUCUCCAUGGCCUGCAAAGAGGGAAUUUUCUUCCCUUUAUUGACAUCUUGAAGCGAUUCUGCGAUGUAGCUUGCCUGGACUCGGACAUUGAUUACCGAUUGAUCGGUAAAGGGGCUUCACAAAAAACAUUUUUCCUGGGGAGUCUUCGCUAUGAUUGCAGGAAAUCUCGAGACAUAGACACCACCAAGGAAUUGGAAAUAAUUUUCAAAAUUCUCAUCUCGAAAGAAAACGAUGUUCCGCGGGCGAGGACAUUUUCGAUCAAGGGACACAACGUGGAGUUAUCCAAGACUUGCGGAGGAGUUGCCUUUGUGAGCUUCGAUGAGCUCUGUGAUCGGUUUCUCGGCUUGCAGCCUCUCGGUGCCGUGGAUUACCUGCAUUUGAGCCAAAUAUUCCACACGGUUAUAUUGAAGGACGUUCCGGAGUUGAAUAUGCGGAAGAAGAGUCAGGCGAGACGGUUCAUUACGCUGAUCGAUAGCCUUUAUGACCACAGGGUGAGAGUCAUUUGCUCCUGUGAUGUUCCAAUUGACGCCUUGUUUAACGAGGAGCAGAGUGAGGAUAUAUCUGACGAGCACAGAAUGCUUUUAGACGAUCUGGGGUUAAAAGUGGAAGAGGCGAACGCGCAUGAAUCAACAAAUGAAGAAGUGUUUGCGUUCAAGCGAACGCGGUCGCGAUUACACCACAUGCAAACGCAGACGUAUGCGGAGGAAUGUUUGCGGAAUCAUCAUUAACUCGCGGUGCAGGUUAUAUACAGUAUUUCGAACGAAAAAAAAACUGUUCUCUUGCUUUGCAUAAGUGCAAUUGGGUUAGAAAUAUUUUUUUACGCGCCUUCGCUGUGAGAUGGAGGGUCCUCCGUUGAAGUUGCCUUGCUGAAGCGGAGCAAAGAACGCAGGAAGCUUCGAAUCGUAUUAAUCUCAUGGCAAAAAGAAAAAACCAUUACGACACAUUGUUCAGUACAACAAACUUUUUCUUAGUUUCUGGCAGAAAGCCCAUACAAUAAAUUUUAAAACUGGUCAUAAUAAACUUCCCUGUUCUAGUGUAAUGAAAAAUGUUUGAGGAAUGCUCAAUAGAUUCUCCAGGUAGAAAUUUCUGGACUAUAGCAUGCACAGUUCGAAAUUUCUGAUCCCAAAUGUGACUGACUGGUUCUUGUACCAUAGAUAAAAACUGUGAUCAAUUACAAAGAUGCAUUCGAAGGGUCCCACACCAUCCUCCCCGAAUGAAGAGAUUGGUGCAAAUGAUAGAAUGCGUGCUUGAAGCCGUCUUUUUUUUCACAAGAUCAUUCAGUUUUUCAAACGAAUAAGAAAAAUCUGAGAAUGCCAGAAAAGCAAGAUCUGAUUUAUUACAUGCAAGACGGAUGUGAAAAUGCUUUCCAGCAGGCAUUAAUUUUUAAAAUCUUUUUAUAACAAGUUAUUCAGUACAUCCAAAUUUUGCAUGAGAUCACAACCGUAUUGUUGCUCAAUCGCAUUGUUUUUACGGAGGAUAUAUUGUGUACCGCGGAGCUGAGAGCCUCUGGACGAAUAUUCCAAGCUUCGCAAAAUUGGGUCUGGCUGUGCUUGUACGUCGUUGCCUGCUUUGUAGUGUCCUGAACGCUUUUCAGUUGGAUUUCUUCUGCAUUUUCUGAAUAAUAUUUCCUCGUGGAUUCCCUACCAACAGGGCUCAAAAUUGGUGUCUUCCGAGGGCGAAGCAACGCGGAAAUCGCUUUCCGGUGCCGAAGAAGUGUUUGCAUUCAAACGCACGAUGUCUCGCUUGAAGGAAAUGGGAUCUGAAACGUAUUGGGACCAAAGUGACUUGAGACUCCGUCGAAUUUCUUGACGCUUGGGAUUCUUCUUUCUUCUCUAGUUUUGGGGUUUUUAGGGAUUAUGGAAGAUUGUUCCGGUGCAUCGCAAUUUGCAGUUACCAAGAUUUUCGAGCAGUAAACUUGUUGUAAAUGUGUUGGGAGUUGCGGUUGAACGUCGGGUUUCGAAAAUGAGCGGUUUUUCACGUUGGAACUGUACUCUUUACGUUUUUCGGGUUGAUAUUUUGUAUUUGCAGUACAGUAUUAGCAAAAACAGAACGAAUUCGUGAGAGCCUUCGUUAAAAACCGCUCGUUUUUUGCGGAAAUAUAUCCGCGUUGCCGAACAGUUGACCAGUUUCAGUUAAGAUUUCUCCUUCAAAAGAAAGCUUUGUCCCUCUUUUUUUGUUGUUGAAAAUUUUCGAACUUUCAUCUGUGAUAACAAAUGACAAAUCGAUGUUAGUCUUGAAUUCUUGAUAGAGUAACCGAGUCUGGCUGGGCUAACAUUGAAGCGACAUCUAUCUGUGCAGAAUCAUGAACACUCGGUGGACGUAAUACACGUGGGCUCUCUCUACAAUGAUAUUCUCUGUAUACAGUAAUGUUUUUUUUUUGUGCCGUAGGGUUUCUACAAUGAAAUUCUCUCUUCGAGGAA